AUGGAGGCGGCUGUGUAUAAGAAACAUCUUAGUUUCCGCGGCCGGGGAUUAGCCGUCCCCAUCCAACUCAUCCGGCAGUGGAGUCGCUCGUACAUGAAGAAUCACCGUCCGGACGUGAGGUGGAUGGCCUCCCCGCGCUGGACUUUCCGCUUCCGCACACGAUACAGCCUGACUAUCCGUGUGAAGACAAAGAUGGGGCAGCGCCUUGCUAAAGGAGUGGUCAUCAAAGCGCAAGAGCGAGGUUGGAUGGAUUCCAAGCUCGUCGAGGAGUGGGUCAACAAGAUCUUCCUCCCUUUCAUCAAGCCUCCUGCUGGCCGCCCCGCUGAGGAUGCAGUGGCGGCUGCGGCGAUGGAUCAUGAGGAUUGUGGGGACUUGCCGCUUGAGGAGGAGGAAGAGGAGGAUGACGAGGACGAGGACAAGGAUGAGGAGGAGGAGGAGGAGGAGGAGGAGGAGGAGGAGGAGGAGGAGGAGGAGGAGGAGGAGGAGGAGGAGGAGGAGGAGGAGGAGGAGGAGGAGUUGGAGUUGGACAUGGAGGGGGAUGUGGAGGAGAACGACGAGGAGUGA